AUGGCACAUGGCAUUGUACUAAGUUCAUCUCAAUGUCCUUGCACAAAGGCUGAGCUAGACAAGAUGAAAGAUAUUCCAUAUGCUUCUGGAAUUGGAUUUGUCAUGUAUGCUAUGAAUUGUACAAGACCUGAUCUUGCUUAUGCUAUAAGUAUGGUAAGCAAGUUCCAACAAAAUCCAGGGGAGAGUCAUUGGAGAGCUGUGAAGAACAUCCUAAAGUAUUUACGAAGAACUAAUGAUUUGUUCCUCGUCUAUGGAUGCGUGGAAGAAAGCUUAAGUGUAAAGUGCUACACUGAUGCAUCCUUCACAACUUAUCGAGAUGAUUGCAAAUUGCAAUUAGGAUAUGUGUUCAUUAUCAACGGGGGUGUGGUAUCUUGGAAAAGCUCCAAGCAAAGUGUUGUUGCACAAUCCACUAUAGAGUCAGAAUACAUUGCUGCUUCAGAAGCUGCACAAGAGGCUGCCUGGAUGAAGAAAUUCAUUAGGGAUCUAGGGGUAGUCCCUACCAUUCAAGACCCCCUAGACGUUUUCUAUGACAAUGAAGGUGCUACUACUUUGGCAAAAGAACCCUGA